ACCUGCUGCUCUGAAAGUCCGACUCUGCUCAGCGUACUGUUCAGCUCGUUGUGCGUCCUCGUCCAACUCAACCCAAAGCUCCCAAUCAAAGCAGCUGUUUGCAAAAUCGACUCAACCAAGACCGGCUUCAACUGAGCCAAAAAUCGUGCAUCAUGGGCGUAACAUUUUUGGCGAGAGUACUUGUUGUAGCAAAAGCUUGAUGGAAUUUGAAUCCUUUGUUAUCUUAUUGGCAGCAGUGUGUUGGUUGGCCUCGCCCAUUCACGGGCUCUUUAACCUGAGUGCUCGCGGGAUGGAUGAGCUGAUUUCACUUCAGGACUGGGACGUAAUGGAUGCACUUUGAGGAAGAUCUUCAUCUGGGGUCUGGUGUUCUGAUGGACUCGGAUAUUUCUGGAUCUUUACUAGACUCACUGCAGGGCAGCGUUCCGGAAGAUCAAAAAAUGCACUAAAAGAAACAAACUUUGGCUGCACAAGUGGAAUUCCCCGGAGCGCAAGAUGGCAUCCGUAGCAUCUGCAUCUGAACUCCGAAUCCUGCUGUUUGGGAAAAAACAGAAUGAAAAGAAAACAAUAAGUGACUUCAUCGCUGGGAAACAUGACGUUUCUCAUCCAGCGUCAAAGCAAAGUCAACGAAUCCAUGGACAGUGGCAGAGGAAACCAUUCAUACUAGUGAAAACAGGAGACGUCUUCCGUAUGAAUGAGGAUCAAGUCAAAUUUAACCUUAAGAUGUGCGUGGCUGAGUGCCACCCUGGACCAAAUGUCCUGCUGAUUAUAGUGGACCCUUCUGAUUUUACAGAGCAAAACAGACAAAAACUGGAGCUCAUAAUGGGCUUCUUGGGAGAAGACGCUUUGAGAUAUUCAAUAGUCAUCUUAACCAAAACGAAUAGUGGAGGGAACUCUGCUGUCAACCAACUUAUUCAAGACUGUGAACAACAUCACAGUAUUAACUUUGAUGAGAAAGGUUUAUGUGACGAUGAUCGUCAACAAUUGAUGGAUACAAUUAAGAACAAAGCAAGUGAAUACAGGGGAGAGUAUUUAACCUUUACCGAAGACAAAGAUAUGGUUAUGAAGCCUCAGCUUACAAGGACUAUGUCUGUUAGAGUUAAAGGUUCUGAACAGAGCACAGAGUUUCGCAGGAAGAUGCCGGGUCGUGAGUCUCUCAGGUGUGAGCGUAGUAAAGGACCCCCCUGGAUUCCAAAGGGUGGACAGUCACUUGAGAAUGCAAUGAGAAGAUUGUCCCACAAAAUUACUGAGAGUGAAGAGUCCUUUGGGCAUAUGGAGAGUGGACAGUCUGUGAAGAGCAGAAAGUCAGACAGGUUCAGAAGCGCUGAGAGAAGAGAGUCCUUUGGGAAUAUGGAGAGUGGACAGUCUGUGAAGAGCAGAAAGUCAGAAGAGUUUGGAAGCGCUGAGAGUGGAGAGUCCUUUGGGACGGUAACGAGUGGACAGUCUGUGAAGAGCAGAAAGUCAGAUGGGUUUGGAAGCGCUGAGAGUGGAGAGUCCUUUGGGCAUAUGGAGAGUGGACAGUCUGUGAAGAGCAGAAAGUCAGAUGGGUUUGGAAGCGCUGAGAGUGGAGAGUCCUUUGGGACGGUAACGAGUGGACAGUCUGUGAAGAGCAGAAAGUCAGAUGGGUUUGGAAGCGCUGAGAGUGGAGAGUCCUUUGGGCAUAUGGAGAGUGGACAGUCUGUGAAGAGCAGAAAGUCAGAUGGGUUUGGAAGCGCUGAGAGUGGAGAGUCCUUUGGGACGGUAACGAGUGGACAGUCUGUGAAGAGCAGAAAGUCAGAUGGGUUUGGAAGCGCUGAGAGUGGAGAGUCCUUUGGGCAUAUGGAGAGUGGACAGUCUGUGAAGAGCAGAAAGUCAGAUGGGUUUGGAAGCGCUGAGAGUGGAGAGUCCUUUGGGACGGUAACGAGUGGACAGUCUGUGAAGAGCAGAAAGUCAGAUGGGUUUGUGAAGAGCGCAGAGUCUGCUAAAACUAAGAGUGAAGAGUCUGUUAGGACAGUGAAGUGGACAGAGUCUCAGAUGAUUGUUCAGGAAAGAGAGUGUCUCAGAAUAGUGCUUAUCGGGAAAACUGGUUGUGGGAAGAGCGCCACUGGAAACACCAUCUUGGGCAAUGCAAGCUUCGAAUCUGAAACCAGUGCAGAAUCAGUGACUGUGCACUGCAAAAAAGUGACAGGAGAGAUUGACGGGCGGCCCGUUGCUGUAGUUGACACCCCUGGUCUGUUCGACACCACUCUGUCCAACCCUGAAGUCCAAAAGGAGCUUGGAAAAUGCAUCAGCCUGCUGUCUCCCGGACCUCAUGUGUUCUUAUUAGUGCUCCAAAUAGGGCGCUAUACAAAGGAGGAAAAAGAUACCGUGGAGUAUAUCAAGGAGUUCUUUGGCAAGAAGUCAGAGGACUUCAUCAUGGUCCUGUUCACCAGAGGAGAUGAUCUUGCAAAUGCAACCAUUGAGGAUUAUUUACAGAAAGAAAAGGGAGGCUCUGUUAAAAAACUGAUAAAUGACUGUGGAGGAAGAUACCACGUCUUCAAUAACAAGGAUUGUAAUAAUCGUGCUCAAGUCAAAGACCUGCUGAGGAAGGUUGAGGCAAUGGUCAAAGAAAAUGGCGAUGGCCACUACACCUCGAAGAUGUUCAGCGAAGCAGAGGCAGCCAUUGAAAAAGAAAAGGAGAAGAUCAUGAAGGAGAGGGAACCCGAGAUCCUGAGGGAGGAGAGGCACCUUAAAAAUAAACACCAAGACGAACUGCAAGAGAAGAAAGCAAACACGAAGGAGCUGAUAGCCAAGUUUGAUCGAGAAAUAGAAGAGAGAAAAAAACUGGCCAAAGAAAGAGAAGAGCAAAUAAAGAGGGAGCAGGAGGACAGGAAGAGAGAAAGAGAAGAAGAGGAAAGGGAGGAGAAAAGGCGGGAGUCACUCUGGCGACAUGAGAUGGGAAAAAGAAGUAAAAGUCUUUAUGAAAAAAUAAAUAAUGUACCAGAAAAGAAGGCGGAAGAUGAGAAGAUGAUACUGUUACAAAGCAGAGACCAAAUGAGAAAAGAGCAAGAAGCUUGGGAGCAGGAGAGGAAGAAAUGGUGGGAGAGGCGACAUCGAGAAGAAAAACAAAGACAAGAAGAGGAGGAGUCACGUCUCAAGAAGCUCAGAGAAGAGCACGAAGAGCAGAUCAAAAGAUACGAAACCCAGAGAAACGAAGAAGAAAGACUGAGAAAAGAACGAGACGCUCAAGAUAUGAAAGAACGCUUUGAGAAGACACGGCUGGAACUAUGGAGGAAAAACAAAGAGGAGGCCAGAAAGGAGGCUGAAGAUCGCAGUACAGUCAAGAUUUAUGAAAACGUGUUUAUCAUUGAGGGGAUCGAGGACAAAGAGGAAAUUAAGACUCUGAAGCUAAAGAACCAAGAACAAAAGGACAUGAUCAUUGAACAGCUGAUCAAGAAAAAAGGGUACAAGAGAGACUAUGAUCAAAUGAAGAAAAGACAAGCACAAGAACUGCAUGACUUGAAUACCAGCUUAUUCACAGACGAACUCUACGUCGAUAUCAACGAGCUCAAGAAAAUACAUGAGAAGGAAAUAGAAGACUGGAUACAGAAACGUGUUGAAAAGCACCCAGAUGGCUGGCCUUGUAGCAUUUUAUGAGAUGUGUAUUAGCAAACACUCGUAACAGCACACGAGCGUUAGUGAGACGUUGCAUCGCGAACGAUCGCAUGCUCGCUUUACAUUCUGCAAUAGUGUUGUAGUCAAGACCACUCCAACCGAGACCAAGACAUACCAUGAGACCAGAGUGCUCAGAGACCGAGACAAGACCAAGACAUGUAGGGAUCGAGACCAAGUCAAGACCAAGACUAAGGCAGGACGAGACCGAGACAAGACCAAGACUUGUAGGGAUCGAAACCAAGUCAAGACCAAGACUAAGGCAGGACGAGACCGAGACAAGACCAAGACAUUUAGGGAUCGAAACCAAGUCAAGACCAAG